CAAACAUGAGAUUGUAAUUCAAAUAGUUUCACAACUCAUCACUCAAUUACUGGAUUCUUCUGCUCACCAUUUCAGGACAUUUUCAUACUCAGUGGGGCCUUUUUUAAAAAGGGUUUUUGUUUAAACAAAAUGUAGGGCCCACUGGGUAAAUAGGCAAUGGUGAAAUAGUGAUAGAAAACAAUACAUGUUCUGUGGUAUCAUUUAAGCCAGGGGCAUUUUCCUGGACUAAACCAACUACCUGUAAUCAAUGCAAAAUAGAGAGAAAGACUAUUCCUUUAUGUGAAUCUGAAUGAUGAUAACAUGUGUUUUUGUCCUAAACUGAUCUAAUGAAUAGGCUCUUGUAAUCUUAUCCUGUAGCCUAAUUGUUGUGCUGCUACCUGCAAGUCAUGCACUGUUCAACACACAUAAAUAGUCUUUGACAGCAACACGAUCUGAUACAUUUGGUCAGAAUCUGUAAUUAACAAGGGCAAGACCCACUAAAGGUGAAAUAUCAGGAUCAAGCAGCAGUAUAUAAAAGCCUAACAGCACUCCUGCUGACCAACAGCAGACACAUCUGGAGGACCAAAGUCAACAAUGAAGCUCUUCACAUGUUGUCUGUUUCUUCUGUUUGGCGUGGUGAUAACAGCCCCGCUCAGAGUCAGGAGAGAAAAUGUGUUAAACUUCCUAAAUGAUGCACUGGGUACAACUACAGAGAAAACCAUUACUACAACUAUAAAAGCAUACAGACAUCCUCCAAGCAAACUGCUGAGUGAACAAGAUUCUGAAGAUAUAUCUGAGGCAAAAUCUACAGAGGAUUUGGACACCAAUGGAUUUACAGACCCUGACAGCCAUGAGACCAUAAUUCCUAAAGAUAUGGAAAAAGAUAAAUCCCCAUCGCUGAGGAAAACAGACAAUAAGAGGCCGAUGGACAUGAGCAGUCAGCUGUUUCAGGACCAGGGGAGCAGAGAGUACAGAGGGCCACACAGGGAACACCAAGCAAGCAAAGAGAGGAUUGAUCUUAACAGUGAGGAAGGAGUGGCAGUGGAUGCUCAGAAAGCUGAACAUUCGCCUGGAAAACAAGUCAUCCGUUCAAGCAGAGACCAAGCCGAUGACAGUGCUGGUCUCGACCUGAUUCUCCAAAGAAAGGCAACACCAGGAAGAGUUAAUGAGUUAAAUGGUAUGUUGGCCCCAGGCCGAAGCAGAGAGCUGCUGGAUUGGGAUAGUUUGGAGAACAACAAUGGCAGGCCUGCUCCACAAGAUGUAGACUAUGAUGACACCAGAGAAUUUAUCAGCUCUGAAACUUAUCCAGCAGCCCCUCCAGAGCACAUGUCUGUUCCAGCCAAGUGCCGAGCCUCCUGUUGAUCGUGCCGAAGAUUCUUUUCUUUCCUCAUAAUGAGUCAGGGGCCGCCAUCUGUUGAGUCAUAUGAUGCAGACAGGCUUUUUCCAAAUACAGCUGCUUCUGGGAGUUUUUCAUCCAAAUUUAGAUUUUUUUUUUCUUUUUUUUCACAUGGGUUUUGUGUUACGUGAUUGUAUGAAUAAAUCUGAGAAAUAAAGAGACAAUUUAAGGCUUACUCAUAACUCAUACUGAUUAGACAGACCAAGCUGCCAUUUGAUAUUUGGCAAAAAGAUUGUCCCAAUUAUUAUUUUGUAUUUUAAUAUUAUUAUUAUUUUUUUUUUAGAAAAUCUUUUUUUGAUGAUUUAGAGCAGAAUCUAUCUGAGGCAGGCUUUUUUAUCUCUUUGAAUAUUCAUGGUUGUAUCGUGAAAAUGUCCUCUCUUGAAAUAUAAAUCCAGAAAGAAAUAAAAAGCAAAGAAGGCAUUGUUU